AUGCACACGAGAGUCCACACUGUAGGCCAUCGACAGCUGGACGUGCGGUAUGUGAAGCUUGACCAAAUUGGAUCUGGACAAUUCGGGGUUGUAUACAAGGCCUUCGAUGUCGACACGGGCAGCUUUAUUGCUGUUAAGAAAACCCCACGCCCCAACCAAGACGCAGGGGACGAGAGAUCCUAUGAGACGUUGAAACGCGAGGUUGAGGCUCUAUCUCGACUUGGUCACCGGUAUAUCAUCGAAUUUAUCGCUUCGCAAGGCGGAAACGAACUAUCUCUGGACAUAUUGAUGCGCCUCGCGGACGGCACACUUCACUCCUUGGUUGCCACUGGUGAAUUUUCAAGCCACCACAGUGACCUCACCAAUAAGUUUGCCCACCAUACACUUCAGGCGCUAGAUUACCUAGACAUAAAAGGCGUUGUUCAUCGAGAUACCAAACCAGAAAACAUUCUUUACACUAGAAUGUCGCUUCCCCCACAUAUGUUAUACCAAGUUGGUGAAUUCGGUCUAUGCAACCGCACUGUUAGUGCUCGGACUCAUGUUGGGACCCCACUAUUCGCGGCCCCCGAGCUUCCAAAACGCCAAUCACACAAGAUGGAUGUCUGGUCCCUUUUUGUAACAAUCGCAUGGACGGUGGAUCUCAAUAACUUUCGCCAGAAUUCACACCAGUUUAGUAACGUCCAGGAGGUCCACAAACAACUCUCGGACGUGGCACCAAAGAUGACGAAUUUUUCGGAGAUGGCGAGACUCGAUCUGAGCAAGCGCGCCUCUGCGGCACAUAUGUUGGUCAAGUGCUUUAAUGGGGUCGGACUUUCAACUCCACGGAAUCAAGUUCCCCCGCUCAGUUCAUCAAAGCUGGAAAUCACCGAUGCCGAGUUACACUGGGACCCAAUGGAACUAGACGAUCCCGAGCCUCUGGUCAAUGAUCGAGCAGGCCCGGGUAUAAAAUGGGCUCCAAACGAUCCUACGAAUCCAACCCCUGUGCGCAAGUCGAGAAGAUUGCAGGCUCAAGCACUGAAGAAAGACGCCAUGGCUGCUAAGUCUCGAUUCAAUCCUCUUUACGCAUAG